AUGGCAAUGGUACCUGUUAAAGAGGCUGGUUCGAUGUCGUUUCAAGUUCCGGUUUUGACCCCAACAAACUAUCCGGUGUGGGCAGUCAAGGUUAAGGCCAUUAUGGAUGCAAAUGGUGUAUGGGAGACUGUUGAACCGAGGGCGUUAGGUGCUGAACCGGAUGAAAAGAAAGCAAAACAAGCUUUGGCCUUUUUGUUUCAAGCUAUUCCCGAAGAGAUGGUGUUGCAAAUGGCUAGCUACACCUAUCCCAAGCAAGUGUGGGACGGACUGAAGACCCGGUACUUGGGUGUAGAUCGGGUAAGAGCGGCUCGACUUGCAACAUUAAGAAGGGAGCUUGAAACUAUGCGCAUGAAAGAGGGUGAAGCGGUUGACGAUUUCGUGGUGAAAUUGAACGACAUAGCAUCGAAGGUAAGGUCUCUAGGUUAUGAACUCGAAGAAGUUGAUUUAGUGAAAAGAUUACUUGAUUCGAUGCCGAAGCCAUUCUUUCAACUUGUGGCUUCAAUCGAACAAUGUUUUGAUUUGGACACAAUGCUAUUCGAUGAAGCCGUUGGGAGAUUAAAGGCGUAUGAAGAGCGUAUGAGAAGCCAUGAGGAAAAGGAGGGAGAGCAAGGCCAACUCUUGAUGGCUAGUGAGCAAAAGAAUGGUGAUGGUGAUGGUGAUAGGCGAUACGGUCGAGGAAGAGGUCGUGGAAGAAGCAGUGAUAGAGGCGGAAGAGGCCGUGGAAGAGGCUCGGGUCGAGGUGACAAAAGUGGAAUUUGGUGUUAUGAUUGUGGAGUUUUUGGACAUUUUUGCUACGAGUGCACAAAAUGGAAAGACAAAGACAACGAAGCGAACUUGAUCUAA